AUGUUUGGAAAGGACGGUGGAAACAUAAAGCUCGAUUUGAGUCUGAGAGGUGCGCACACACUGUGCCCAACACCAAUUCUCAACACUCGUGGGCAACGAUCAUCCCCAACGGCUGUGCGCAACAAGUGUCUUGAACGGGUAGCAAUCUUUGCCUCUAGUCAGACGUCGUUCCACCUUUCAUGCUUCCAGCAAACGGAUACUGCAUCUUCUCUCUCUAACGAAACCGAAGCCAAGAAGUUCAACUCUUCACAACCUCUUCUCUCCAGCUUCAGUCCGGCGAAGCGAGUAUGUGUUAUAUCCGGCCCAGUUUACUACCUUGCUGGAUUUAAUGAGCCUAUGUUCUUCAUAUUGCUACCGACUCCAAAUUCUUAUGUGAUCCGUCUUCUCAUUCUCGAGCGAAAGGGACUCACACUCGAUAUCCAAACAGUCGACGUCAUGGCACUGGAGAACCGCAAGCCUGCCUGCCGCAAUCACGUCAACCCACGCGGCGAAGUGCCGGCCCUUAGGAUCAGCAAUGCCUUUGUCCUCACCGAGAUCACAGCCAUCUGCGAAUACCUCGAUGAAGUUGCUGUUGGCGGUACAUCUCUGUCUAGCUCAACACCACUGGAGCGCGCAGAAAUGCGCAUGUGGCUACGUCGUAUGAAUCUAGAUAUCUCCCAGCCUGCCAUCGAGUGGUACCGCAACGACCUAGCGAUAAUGGACUAUUACAUAGGCAAUCGAAUUCCCACGCCGGCCGCGCAGAUUAAUCACAAGAGCACGAUCGACAAGUUCCUUAAUCUCUGGGAUGACGAGCUCGAGGGCAAAACCUGGCUCUGUGGCGACAGAUUUUCUGCUGCAGACAUACACUUUUACGGUUUGAUGUUCAUGACGAGACAGAUGGUUCCAUGGCUCGAUUUUCCUACCCGCGAGAACGUCGCCGCGUACAUCUCCAACAUGGACCAGCGUGAGGCAAGCCAGAAGGCCAAUGGACUAUUUGGUUCUAGCGUUUCUGUUUAG